UAUUAUGUUACAACUAUGCGUAAGCCACUAAACAGUGAAGAAACGCAGUACCGCAGGCAACGAAGCGACGCAGACGGCAUGGCAUACCAUCUCGGGAUUCUAUCUUUCUUUCUUUAACUACUACGGAGAACCUGUCGAAGUAUUAAAGGCUAAGCAAAUUCCAAGCAUUUUAUAAUGUCGAAGUUUACAUGGAGGAUUGAAAAUUUCUCGCAAUUGGAUGCUAAAAAGCUUUACUCUGUGACGUUUAUAAUCAAUGAGUACCAGUGGAAGUUGAUUCUUUAUCCAAAAGGAAACAAUACAGAUAAUCAUCUGUCUCUCUACCUAGGUUUGGCUGAUUACUCUAGGUUGCCCAAUGACUUGAAUGUGCCAACAAAGUUCAGUAUUGCUCUCUUAAACCAGAUUGACAAAAACAAAUCCCUCAAAAAAGAGUCCCAGCACAGGUUCAAUACUCAACAAAGUUAUUGGGGCUUCACUAAAUACAUGAGACUUAAUCAACUCAAUGAUGAGGGAGGCUAUCUUGUUAAUGACACAUGCUUGAUUCAAGCAGAAUUAUCUGUUGUCAACGAUAAAGAUUUUGGAUCAGUAGAUUCUGUCUAUGUCAAGGCUGAAUCGCUUCUCGAUUCUCUUCCCAAGAAACCAUCCAAUUCAGUAUCUAACCCUUCACAUGGGAUGCCUUCAUUCAAAGGACACUCAAUUUUUGCAAAAGAAGUACUUGAUAAAUUGAUAUCAUGCCCUAUGGAUGAUUUGGCUGAUCCCAAGAAUGAAGCUUCAAUGAUGGAGGCUUUGUCUGUUCUCAACGACAAUCUCUCUUUGUUUAGUGAUAUACAGGCCAAAGAAAUUAUGAACUUGAAAGCCACUUUUCCACAAGCAAUGCAGGAAUGGAGGGACUCGAUUCAAGUCAAGGGCACCGGAGACCACACUUGGUCUACAUUUGAGAAGACCAAAAGUUUGCUUGAAGAUUUAAUGAAAACGGAUCAGAACAUUAGGACUAAAUUGGAGGGGCUAAAGCAGAAUGAAAAGGAAUUGAAGGCUGAGCUUGAGGUGCUUAAGAGCAACUGUCGACAACUGAAGGUUGAAAGAGAAGAAACAUCAAAGCAGACAAAAAUAGUUCUUUCUCUUGCCAAAGAGCAGGCUAGCAAAGUGGAAGAAGAAGAGGCGGAGGUGGAUUAUGCUAACAAAAAACUGGAGCAGAGGUUGAAGUCUACGUGGGCUUCAAUGAGACAGCUCUUUGCUUGAGAAUCUACAGCUCUGUCUUAUAAGUUUUAACUUGCAAAUUUCAGCAUUUUGCCUUUUACUGAAGUUUGAUGUUCCAUCUUUUUGAAUCGCUAGUCCAUGAUGUGUCAAUGUCUGAAACGUUAAGUCUUUUGUCAUAUUAGUUACAUCGUUUUAAAAUGGAGCGAUUUUGAACUUUUCAUUUGGUUUUACUAUCUAGAUGCUCUAAUUUGUAUGAGAUUUUUAUGAAACCUCUAAUACUCAUUUGGACAUGGUGACACAUUAUAGUCUGCUCUGUGAUAUGUUGCCUUUUUUAUGUAAUUAUGAGUUUAAUGU